AAAAAAAUUUAUUAGUGCUAACCGUUACCUUAGGGCUGCUUUAAAAACAGAUAAAACUUGAGGGGUACAUUGAAAUUUUCCGUUAAGUGAUUCUAUGGUAAUUUACCAAUUCAGAGGGGGAAUUGGGACGAUGAGUGCCCGCCACACCGGUUUCAUAGUCUGCCGCCGCCGCCCCGCCGCACCUUCUUCUUGCCACCUCGAACGGCAUCGCCGUUGCCGCUUCUCCAGCCUGACCGAGCUCAAGAAAACCCAUGCGAAGCUCCUUAGAAGCGGAGAGCUCGACGACAGUCUCACCGCCGGCAAGCUGGUUGCCGACAUCGCCAUAUCCGAUCCCUCCAACCUCCCCUAUGCACGCGCCCUCUUCUCCCGCAUCCCGCCGCCCCUCAACGCCUUUAUAUGGAACUCCAUGAUCCGAGGCUACGCCCACAGCAGCAGUCCCGAGGAGUCUCUCUCCCUCUUCCGCUCCAUGGUCGCCCGAGGCUACGCCCCCAACAACUAUACCUUCCCCUUCCUCCUCCGUGCCGCCGCUCGCCUCCCCGACAACAGCUCUAGCGUGGGGCUAUCCCUCCACGCCUCACUCGUUCGCCGUGGUCUCGACCGCCUCGAUCCCUUCAUCGUCACCUCCCUCGUCAGUCUCUACGCUUCCACUGGGUCGGUCGACGACGCCCAUAAGGUGUUCGACGGAAGUCCCCACAAGGACGUCACCGCAUGGAACGCGCUCUUGAAGGGCUACAUCGCGUGCGACCGGCACGCCGACGCUCUGCGCUUGUUCCGGCAAAUGCAUGGCCGAGUCGACGCCGACGAGAUCACCAUGCUUAGCGUGGUGGCCGCGUGCGCGCACAUCGGGGCGCGCGGGAUCGGCCGGUGGAUCCACGCCCACAUCGGCAGGAACCGGAUGCGGAUGACGCUAAAUCUCGCGACCGCGCUCGUCAACAUGUACGCGAGAUGCGGCGAGAUCGAAAGCGCCCGGUGGGUGUUCGACAGAAUACCGGAGAAGGACGUAAGGGCGUGGAGCGCAAUGAUAAGCGGCCUCGCGCUUCACGGGCUGGCGAAGGAGGCGCUGGAGCACUUCGCCGAGAUGCAAAUCGCCGGAGUCGAUCCCGACUCGGUGACGCUCACCGGCAUGCUGAGCGCGUGCAGCCACGCCGGACUAGUGGACGAGGGCCUCCGGGUUCUGAAACGGAUGAAGGUCGACUAUGGCGUGGAGCCGACGAUCGAGCACUACGGGUGCGCGGUGGAUCUGCUGGCGAGAGCAGGGCGUCUGGAUGCGGCGCUGGAUCUGAUCGAGACGAGUCCUGUGAGAGCUGACGUGGUCACCUGGGGCGCGCUCCUGGUGGCCUGCAGAGUCCACAAAAACCUAGAUCUGGGCGAGCGGGUGGCGCGGGAGAUGCUGGAUCUCGACCCCCACCACGCCGGCGCUCGCGUCUUCCUAUCCAACGUCUACGCCGCCUCUGGCGAUUGGAACCGGGUCCAGGAAGUGAGGAGCCUUAUGAAGGAGCGAAAGGUAUACAAACCGCCCGGAUGGAGCUCGAUCGAGAUGGCUGGAACGGUGCAUGAGUUCCUCUCCGGCGAUCGCUCGCACCCGCAGUCCGAUCGGAUCUACAUGAUGAUCGACGAGAUCGGGAAGGCAGCGAGCCAGAAGGGGCACAGGGCGGCGACCAGCAGCGUGGCGCUGGACGUGGACGAAGAGGACAAGGAGGUGUGCGUGCGGGAGCACAGCGAGAAGUUGGCAGUGGCGUUCGGGCUGAUUAACGCGAGGCCGGGGGACGCCAUUAUGAUCGUGAAGAACCUUCGGAUCUGCGAGGACUGCCAUGGCGUGAUGAAGCUCGUCUCGGAUGUCUACGGUAGAGUCGUGGUAGUCAGGGACCGGAACCGGUUCCACCAUUUCCAGAACGGGGCUUGCUCUUGCAAUGAUUACUGGUGACGCUGGACUAUUUAUUGAUCAUUAUUUCAUUUUAAGAUAAUAUUAAAAAAAUAUAAAUUGUUGAGAUAAUAUUUGU